GAACAAAGGGGGUGAGGCGUGGUUGACACGAGGUAAUGGUCAAACUGUGGAGCGAUAUCCAUCGACCGGAAUUGGUUAUUGACCAUAACCAUAACCUUUUCCCGCAAGUCAGCCGAUUUAACUCCAAAUGGGAGGAGGGAGGGGAGGGAGGAAUCCGCGUGUUGCCGCUGAUAGGCGCGGUAGACCUGUGUUCACCUCCCAUCUCACAUCACGCUGAGCCGUUCCAACGACCCACUUCCGUUUCACCAGUGACUAGAACCUCAACCAUCUCAAACUACCCUCGAUCUUACGCACCUAGGAUGUCGUUACCUGGCCUGCGUCCAAGCGACUUGAAGUAUCGUGGAAGCGAGGCGUGUUUUUCGUGUAGAUUGCGGAAGAAGCUCUGUAGAGGUUGGACAGCCGAUAUCGCCCUAGGCUUGGUCCCUACCCCUGCGUGCCAUGAUUGCGUGAAGUUCAACAUCUAUUGCUGCGGACGGGGCGAAUGGCUCACGAGUGAUGAAUCAAUUCUCGAGGAAGUUCGUAAUUCUGCUACAAAACCGUGGAUUAAAGAUGUGAAGAAUCGAAACAUAUCGGUGUCGCCGCUGGACUUGUCUAGAAUUCUGAUGGACUGUCUAACGAGGAGACAGCCACCUAUUGAGAAGCAGAUGGAUGGGAUGGCCAACCCGUCAGGCGGAGACGACGUGCUCUUGCCCGUACGGCAAAUCGGUUCAUCUUUAUCGUCUCUUCUGAAUAGUGUGACGCCUGUCCCUACAGAGGCGCUUCCCAGUUUCUCAUCGUCAUAUCAUGGAGCUCCCAUGUAUAUCCCGCUGUCCGAUGCUUCGCCUAUUGUUGGAUACGUCCCCACUCCGCUAGCGAUGCAUAGUGAUAUGUUUCUCUACGGCGACGAAGCGCCUAGCUGGUCGCAGGCUCUUGUAGGCGAUUGUUUCCAAACCAAUACUUAUAUCAUGGACGAAUCACCUCAAGUUGGAUUCGACCCGUCGACAGCGUUCACUUUGACUUCUCCUUCGCGUGCUACCGCACAGAUGACAGCGUGGCCGACAACCUCUGUUGACUUCUCACCGGGCGACAUCUACGAUUAUGGAACUGGGUGGGAUGGGAUGAAACAGUAGUUGUUCAAUUCUUGUCACAAGUUUUUUCUUUUUUGGGGUGGUUGUACCUUCUUCGAUGUAGCCCUAGUCUGUUCUGUUUGAGUAUAUCUACCUAGUCUCUCCCUACACCUGUACAUGACUGCUGCUUUGUUUGCCGGAAGUAUACUUGAUACUCGACUGGAUUUCGAUUACAACUGUUCACUG